AUGUGCCUUGAUGCUUGUAGGAAGAUUUUUACAGUUUAUAAACCAAUAAUUGGAGUUGAUGGAUGUUUUCUAAAAGGAAUUUAUGGAGGCCAAAUCCUUGCAGCAGUAGGAAUAGACCCUAAUGAUCAAAUGUUUCCUACUACAAUGGUUUUAGUUGAAGUAGAGACUAAAGACUUCUGGGCAUGGUUCUUUGAUCUGCUAGUUCGUGACUUGGGAGGGUCAGAAGGGUUGUUACCUGCAAUAGAUGAGUUGUUACUUGGAGUUAACCAGAGAUUUUGUGUUAGACACCUUUAUAGCAACUUCAAAAAAAGGUUUACAGGCAAACAUUUGAAGGAAUUGAUGUGGAUGGUAGCCAAGGCAACAUAUCCUCAAGCAUGGGAAAGGGAAAUGAAGGAAAUGAGAAAGGUUAAUGAGGAGGCAUUCAAACACUAG